CGGCUGCCGCCGCCGUCGCGACGUCGGUAGUAACGAAAUCGACGUCGAAGACGACGCUAACAAAAAAAAACUCUCUUGUGAAAUUUUUGACAAUGUUAUCAAAAUGCAGACCGCGUAAUUAAAAAAAAAAAAUUUUAAGUCUCCUCACGCGUGCACGCCUUUCGUCAACCUUAUGUUAUCUAAUUGGCGAUUGUGAUAUUAUUGGCAUAAAUAAUAUUUUACAUUUUUAAUUAGAUUGAUACUGUGUUUUUUUUCGUCAGUUUUGUUAUGAAGAAGCGGAGAAUCGCGAGCAGUGGUGAUUUGUUGUGAUUUUUUUUUUAAACCAUGUACAAAAUUAACCAAACUACUUUGUUCGGCAUUGAUGAGAAACUUUUAGGAAUGGAGAUGGAAAGAAAUAUUAGGGAUCUUGCUAAAGUUCAUUCGUCUCAACCCAAUAAAAGCACAUCCGACCAGAAUCCGAACCAAGGAAUAGCAACGCUUAUAGUAAUGAUCGUAGUAUUGACAAUCAUAAUAUUGUUUUGCUGUUUCUCUGCACCAGGAAUACGAGGACUAUGCCAAAAAUAUAUUUUUAGAUCGUGUAGAUAUGAUGAUCCUUCAGCGGACAAUGCUAGCACCGCCAUCCCAUCAGACAGCUCCACCCCUACAAUAAUCCUUCUACCUUAUGGGCGCAUGCUGGUGGUCGAUCGGAACGUGUUCAGUCAACUACAAACGGACGCAUCCGGAAUCGACCUAAUGGAACUCAGUGCCAACUUAAUCCGUCGCCAGCAUCUUAACAAUCCUCGCCAAUUGACGGGAAGCACCCCGAGUAUAUUAGAUAGCGACAAUACUUCUAAGGGACUGUCCCCUACUUCUUUAGGGUUUGGUCCACCUCUUUACGAAGAUAUUUUUUGUGAUUUACCUCCCUCAUAUAGUGAGGUCAGUUUGAUGCUUAAAAAUCAGAGGAAUGGUGAGUGUUUGGAAAUGACGGACGUAGUGGGGGUGAGAACUAGCGAAGGUGAGGUGAGAAUAGAUGUAUGUGAGGAAGGGAUAGUAGAAGAAGAGGAUAGUAGCUUAUGAUUAAGUAGUAAAAAAGCGUACUAAAAGACAGUUUUUUUUUAAAUAAAUUUUAUUGUACCUAUUAUUUGUUAUUUUAUAAGAAACAACGUGGAGUUGGUUAUACAGUUCAAAGAAUGUCAUUUCAAUAUGUGACUGUAAUAUAGCCAGAUGUCAGAUUGGAUUAGAGUAAAAAGAAGGAGAAGAGUAAAUAAAAAGAAAACUAUGUAGUUUUAAGUAAAAAUGUAAUCAAACGUUAUCUGCAGAGUGUUCUCGAUACAACGGUCAUCUUUAAUGCCAGAAUUGAAAAUUGUGAAGUCGAAUGAAAAUUAGAGGUUAAGAUUAAAGAAGUAAUAAUACAAUUAUUCGAUGAAUAUCACGAACAUAGGACGUAAAGAAUCUGAAUAAGAUAAAGAUACUUAAGUAUGUUAGGAUACCUAAAGAUAAUUACAUCACAUUAGUGAUCUAAACAUGGACGACAAAGUGUUAAAAUAAUAUUGGAAUAAAAUUUAAAGGUCCAACCAAUGUAUAGAGCCUAAGAGUAUUGAAUUGUUAAUGUGAACUGGCCGUAUAUUUGAUAUCAACUAUUCACUAAUUUCUUCCAUAUAUUUUAUAAAUCUAGGUAUGCUCUCGCUUUUCAGUUCUGGCACUUAGCGCUUUUGUGCGUAAGGUCAAAAGAUAAUAUAUUAUUGAACUUAUUGUAAAUACAUGUGUUUGCCUUGCUCUAUAGAUAGGUCUUUGAUUAAGAAUGGCGAGGUGUACCAUAUCUGAGCAAUGAAUAAUCCAGGAAUUCUGGAAAAAAAGUCGCGUAAUAAAAUUAGCGCGUGGAAAUAUUUGUAAGUUCAUUACUCAGAUUCUAAGGAGUAAUUGCUAUGGUCAAUAAAAAGUCGUUUUUUUUA